AUGAAUAAUCAGGAUUAGAAUAAGAAGCAUUUUGUUUAUAAUUUUAAUCAAUAAGAGAUGAUUAAACAAGUUUAAUAAAAAAUACAAAGCCUAGAAGAGGAUUAAAGAAGACAUGAGAAAAAUAUUAAAGAUGAUAUUUACGCAUUAUAAAAUUUUAUUAGCAUGAAUUUAUCGAUGGAAUUCGACAUUUUUGAAAAUGAUAGGAAUAUGCAAUUAAAGAUUUAAAGCAAGGAGUUGGAUAACAAAAAAAUAAUCUAAGAUGAAAUUAAAAAAUAAUUAGUAUUUGAUCUUGAAGUUCAUUUUACAAGGUUCAUGGAACAUUAAUAGAAAUGUAAUUAUAAUUAAUAGCAAUAUAAUAAUGAAAUUUAAGUAAAUAAAUAUGAAUAAGAAAUAAAUUUAUUGAAAGAGAAUGUCGGUUAUUUUAAAAUGAAGAUGGAAGAAAUGGAAAAAGCAAUCUACUAAACAAAUCACCUGCAUUAAAAAUAUAAAAAUUUGGAGAAUGAAAUUAGUAAAAUAUAACCGUUAUAACCAACGUUAGAAUAGAACAUUUAGAAAUUUUAAGAGAUAGAUCUAAUAAAAAAAUAUUAAAGUGAAAUUUCUGAGAGAUUUUAAAAAUUAGAAAGAAAAAAUGAUGAAAAAUAUUUAUAAAUAAAUAAAUUGGUUAGCGAUUAGAAAUGCAACAUAGAUGAAUUAUAAAGUUAAUUAUCUCUUUCCUACAAUCAAUUAAAUACUUAAUCAACGAAAAAUCUUUAAAAUGAUUUAAUUGAGGAAUUUAAGUUAUUAGAAAGUAAAAAUUAAGACAAAUUAAUGUAAUUGGGUAGGUUGUUAAAUGAAUAGGUCUAAAAACAAUAAAAUGACCAUAAUAUAUUAACUCAAGUCAUUAAUUAAGCUUUUUAAAAAUAAGAUGAGAUAAAUAAUAAAUUAUAAUAAUUAGAAAAAGAUAUAAAUUCUAUUAUAAGUAAUAAAAUUAACACCCCAAUGACAUAAUAACCAAAUGACAUUACUCAAUCGCCAAUUUUUGGAUAAAUAAAUUAAAAUGGAAUUCCUUAAGGUUUUAAACCUCCAAUGACUUUAUAAGGCUAAGGUAAAGAAUAGACUAAAGUUUUCCCUGAAUAAAAACUAAGCAGUAUUUAACAAUUUGUAAAUUUAUAAAAAAAUAAUAUCACUUUCAACUCCCCCAUUUAAUAAUAAUAACCGUAAGUUUUAAUUCCUUUUUAACAAAUUUAAAUUCCUGGCUAAUAAACUAUUUAAGGUGAAUAUUCUUCCUAACAAAAGUAGUCAAUGAUAUAAAUAAAAAAUUAUGCCAAUUAACCAAAUAAUAUUAAAUUUUAGAGUUAGAUUAAAUAAUCCUUAGCCUAGAUAAUAGAUGUCAAUUUUCCGACUUAAAUUACACUAAUUUAAAAGGAUUUAAAUAGAUGUCAAAAAAUUUAAAGAAUAAUUAAUUAAAUAUAUGAUUAAACAACCAGAAGGAGAUCAGCUUCUGGAGAAUAUUAAUAUUUUAUUAGAGAAGAGGAGGAUUACUUUUAACUUUAAAAACACUAUGGAAUAAGAACUAUCUAAUAAAAAUAAUAGUUAAAGGAAAUAUGUAAUGCAUUCAGACAAGCUAGAGGGGAUGGAAAUUGUUUUUAUACUGCUUUUGGGUUUUAAGUAAUAUAAAUUUUUAUAAGAGAAUAUUCUAGUUAUGAAUUUAACUAAUUAAUUGAUAAAUUAAAUGGACAGUUUAAAUGUUAAAUCAAACUUUAAAAUGAAAAGUUUGAUGGUGAUGAAUUCCAUAAUUCUGCUUAUUAUGAAUUUUUAUAUAGAUUAUAAGAAUUAGAAAAGUAUAGAAUAUAGAGGAUAGAAUUAAAUUAUUUACUUAACAUUUUUAAGCUUACGAUGCAAAUCAAAACUAAGAAAUUGAUGGUUGCCUAUAUGGGUUAUCAACAAUAUUCUUUAGAAAUCUAGCUUAUUAUGUAGUAUAAAAUAGCGAACAAUAAGAUAUGA